AUGUGGCGGGACCGCACCAAUCUCUUCAUAUCCUACCGCCAGUCCUAUUCACACCACCCCCAGAAGAAGACGCGCUAUGGCGGACCCAGCUCGAAUGGCUUCGCCGACGGCAGACGCAUGUCGGAGGAGCGCCAGGGGCUCAUGUCCGGCGGCGCCUACGACGACGACGGCGACGCGGUGAUUGAGAUGGACCUGCUGCCUCCGCGCUGGCUGGACGUGCAAGACGAGAUUACCGACCACCUCACCGAGAUAGUGAAGCAGACGCGCAAGCUCGACCAGCUGCAUCAGAAGCACGUGCUCCCAGGCUUCGACGAUGAAGACGUCAAGAAGAGAGAGGAGCGCGAGAUCGAGCAGCUUACGCAAGACAUCACAAAGGGCUUCCAGAGAUGCCAGCAGGCCAUCAAGCGAAUAGAGAGGAUGGUGCGCGAAGCAAAGCAGCAGGGCAACAUCCACCAGGGCGAAGAGGUCAUGGCACAGAACCUGAAGAUAUCUCUGGCCACACGAGUCGGCGAAGUGAGCGCCAUGUUCCGCAAGAAGCAGUCUGCGUACCUGAAGAAACUCCGCGAUCUCGGUGGCUUCGCCUCGCCCUUCCGAUCAGCAACGCCCGUUCAGAACCCGUACAACGAUCCUGCCAUGCAAGAGUCAGACGCCGACCGAUCCUUUGCACAAUCUACAUCCCUCCAGACGAAGCAGCAGCGAAUGCGCCAUGACCCCAACGAAGCAAUCAUCGCCCAGCGCGAGCGUGAAAUCGAGGACAUUGCGCAGGGCAUCAUCGAGCUGGCCAACAUCUUUCAAGAGCUGCAGACUAUGGUCAUCGACCAGGGCAGUAUGCUCGAUCGCAUCGACUACAAUGUAGAGAACAUGUCCAGAGACGUGAAAGAGGCAGACCAAGAGCUCAAGGUAGCUUCUGGGUACCAGAAGAAGAGUAUCAAGAGAAAGAUCAUGCUCCUGUUGGCCAUACUCAUUGCGGGUGUCUUCAUCUUGCUCUCGCUCAAACUGGGUACCAAAAGCAGCAGCUCUCCAGCGCCGGCCGCCCCAGCCGUCCCAGACGAAGAUGCACCCAUGGUAGCGUUACGGACCAGGCGUCCGUCUUCGGCAUUACCAACAAGUCGCAUUUGGCAUCGACGGAAAAGAAGGUUGUGGAGGGGCUUAGCAGAGGAUGCACUCGAUUUUUAG